GUGCCGCUCAGGUUGCGGUGUGAACCUAAGUAAUCUCGGAUGCGGAAGGACAACGAGGGUACAGUGGGGCAGGGCUCCAGCCCCUCGGGGCGGGGCUUGGAAGGGCGGAGCCGGGGCUUCCCACUGCGACGCCAUUGACUCCGCCCGCCGCCACCCGGAAGUAGUUGCGGACGUCAGCCCCUCCCCUCUCUUCUCGGACCAGGCGGCGGCGGCCGUGUCUGAAGCAGCUAUGGCCAAGAUUAAGGCUCGAGACCUUCGCGGCAAGAAGAAGGAGGAGCUGCUUAAACAGCUGGAAGACCUGAAAGUGGAGCUGUCCCAGCUGCGUGUCGCCAAAGUGACAGGCGGCGCGGCUUCCAAGCUCUCCAAGAUCCGAGUUGUCCGCAAAUCUAUUGCCCGUGUUCUCACCGUCAUUAACCAGACUCAGAAAGAGAACCUCAGGAAAUUCUACAAGGGCAAGAAAUACAAGCCCCUGGAUCUGCGGCCCAAGAAAACACGAGCCAUGCGCCGCCGGCUCAACAAGCACGAAGAGAACCUAAAGACCAAGAAGCAGCAGCGGAAGGAGCGGCUAUACCCCCUGCGGAAAUACGCUGUCAAGGCCUGAGCACUGUGGCGUUAAUAAAACACAAACGGGCUGGUGUCA